GGUCGAACUACAUAUAAUACAACACAAAACUAUUUUAUCAUUUAACUUAAACUUGAUCAAGGAGAGUUAUAUAACCUCCAGGAAUUGCUCAACUCCAAAAACACCUCGUGUUGCUUUUGCCACUGUCGCGCAACAGAAACAGCUUCAGUACUGUUACGUAUCCAUGUGACGUGUGACACUGAGCUGGAGUUACUUAAGCAGCGUUCACAAGGCUUUUUCCAGUCGUUUGGGACAAUCUUUGAAACGUCCACUUUGGGGAAAGACCACCAGCUAAAUGGCCCUUAGAAAUGCUGCCUUUCGCCUUCUGGCCAAUUCUCAAAAAUGUGCAACAGCAUUAACACCCAGAGCACAAGGCACAGUUUCAGCACAACAUAAAGAUGCUGAAGAAGUCUCAAAGCCAUCCUCAAAACCGUCCAAGGUGACUUUCGACUGGCGGGAUGCUUUGAAUUUGGAGGGUCAGCUGACAGAGGAGGAAGUUAUGAUCAGGGAUUCCUUCAGGGACUAUUGUCAAGAAAAACUCAUGCCUCGUAUCCUGAUGGCAAACAGACAUGAACAUUUCCACCGUGAAAUUGUGUCUGAAAUGGGAGAGCUGGGAGUUUUGGGACCAACUAUUAAAGGAUAUGGCUGUGCAGGCACCAGUUAUGUAGCCUAUGGUUUGAUUGCCCGAGAGGUGGAGCGAGUAGACAGUGGAUAUCGGUCAGUUAUGAGUGUUCAGUCUUCACUGGUCAUGCAUCCAAUCAAUGCAUAUGGUACAGAGGCCCAGAAGGAAAAGUACCUACCCAGGCUGGCCCGUGGAGAAAUCUUGGGUUGUUUUGGUUUGACUGAACCAAACCACGGCAGUGAUCCAAGCAGUAUGGAGACUAAGGCUAAAUACAACUCCUCAAGUGGUACUUUCAGCAUCAGUGGAGCAAAAACAUGGAUCACAAAUUCCCCAGUAGCAGACAUUGCUGUGGUCUGGGCUAAAUGUGAAGAUAGUAAAGUGAGGGGUUUCAUUUUGGAGCGUGGGAUGAAAGGGCUCAGCACUCCAAAAAUUGAAGGAAAAUUUUCUCUGAGAGCCUCUGUGACUGGUAUGAUCCUGAUGGAUGAGGUGGAGGUCCCUCAGGAGAACCUGCUGCCCAAUGUAUCUGGGCUGGCUGGUCCUUUUGGCUGCCUCAACAAUGCUCGCUAUGGCAUUGCGUGGGGAGCCCUGGGAGCGGCUGAGUUCUGUUUCCAUGCUGCGAGACAGUACACUCUGGACAGAAUCCAGUUUGGCGUGCCUCUAGCCAGGAACCAGCUCAUGCAGAAGAAGAUGGCUGACAUGUUGACUGAAAUCACAAUUGGCCUACAAUCAUGCCUGGCUCUGGGGCGGCUGAUUGAUGAGAAAAAAGCGGCCCCUGAAAUGAUCUCUAUGCUGAAAAGGAAUAGUUGUGGCAAAGCUCUGGACAUUGCACGACAGGCCCGGGACAUGUUGGGAGGAAAUGGGAUUGCGGAUGAGUACCACAUCAUCCGUCAUGUUAUGAACCUGGAGGCUGUAAACACAUAUGAGGGAACCCAUGACAUACAUGCACUGAUUUUGGGCAGAGCUAUCACUGGACUACAGUCAUUUACUGUUGGAAAGUAAAUUACAAUUUUUUAAAGAUAACUAGCGCAUAGUAUUGUCAAAUAUAUAAAACAUUUUUGUGAAAUAUUUCAAAUGUAACAAUCUUUUGUUUGAGAUGUUGCUUUGUUCCUUAUAGGAACCAUUUUGGGACUAUAUAAAACUAUAUAAAAUGUACAGGGAUAGAGUUAACUAUCUAGAUACUUAAAGCUAUGAUUUAUCUACCACUGUCAGACAGAAGCAAUGUAGACCUAGUGGUGAUAUGUUAGAAUACAAUAUGGCCGGGUCAGCUAAUAGAUAAUUACAGAUGGUAGCUUUAAAGACCAUUGUAAAGUAAUUAAUUCUAUGAACUUACUGAGGAAUAAAUUAAAUGUAAGUAUUUUAUUCAUUAAUUGUUUUAAAUUAUAUCACAAAAUAAAGGUGUCCAAAGAAGGCU